CUCUGAUUUUGUUGUCCUCUGUUUUUGCUUCUCUCUCUCUCUCUCUCACUCUCUCUCAAAGAGGAACGUUUUUCUCCUUGAAAGAAGAAGAUGUCAAUAUCCUUCCCCUUUCUUCAGGUUGCCUUUGACAAGCUUAGGUCUCCUGAGUUGUUGUACUUGUUUAGGCGAUGGGAAAUCGAGUUGGAUGGAGUGGAGUCACUGCAGAGGUUGUCAGCCGUGAUUCAGGCUUUCUAUGAUGAAGCUGAAGUGAAGCAGUUCACGAACGAUCAUGUGAAACUGUGGCUCCACCCCGUCAAGCAGCUCCUCUAUGAUGUGGAGGAUAUGCUGGAUGACUUUCUUACUGAUCUUCUACACCUGAAAUUAGAAUCUGAAUCUCAGACCACAAACCCUCACCAAACCCGACAGGGAAUUGAGAGGUUUGGAUCAUCAUCAGGAGUGGAUAUCAACAAGAGGUUAAAAAAACUGAAAUUGGAAUCUGAAUAUCAGACCCAACAGUCUGGUGGUACAGAAUCUGCGGUUUAUAACAUCGCUGAAGAGCUGCCAGGAAUUAUACGGCUUGGAUCAAAAGUAAGGGAUAUCAACGAGAAGUUAAAAAGUGUAGUACAAGAAGGUGUUGCUCUAGGAUUAAUGAAUUUGAGCAUGGGAUCUGGGUCCUCAAGGACCAAGGUAUUCAGUGAAAGGCCACCAACGAGUUCUUUGGUGAAUAGUUCUAUUGUUUUUGGCAGAGAUGAAGAUAAGUGGGAGAUUGUUAAAUGGUUGCUAUCAGACAAAACACCAGGCCCCAGUAAAUAUGGUAAUAAUUUCUCGGUGCUACCCAUAGUCGGCAUGGGUGGAGCUGGAAAGACAACUCUUGCUCAACUUGUUUAUAAUGAUGAGACAGUUGAGAGGUUUUUCCAGCUGAAAGCUUGGGUCUGCGUAUCAGAAGACUUUGAUGUGGUGAGGUUAACGAAAGAAAUUCUUGAGUCAGCCACUGGGUCAUCCCCUCCUUAUUAUUCACUGGACCUUUUACAAGUGGAACUGAAAAAAGUAUUGAGCAAUAAAAGAUUUUUAUUGGUUAUGGAUGACAUGUGGAAUGAGGACCACGAGAUAUGGGAUGCCUUAAGGAUCCCUUUUGCAUUUGGUAAACCAGGAAGCAAGAUAUUGGUCACAACACGGAACAAAGGUGUUUCAUCAAUUGUGCGGACUGUUCUGAACGAUUAUGAUCUGAAAGGUCUGUCAGAUGAGGCUUGUUUUGAACUGGUUAGAAGGCACACUUUCAUGGAUGGAGAUUCAUGUGAUGUAGAUAAAAAAUUGAAAUUAUUUGGACAUGAAAUUGUGAAGAAAUGUGAGGGUUUACCUUUGGCUGUAAAGACACUUGCAGGCCUCUUGCAAGAUAAAAGGGAAAACAAUGAGUGGAAAGAUAUUUUGGAAAAUGAAAUAUGGGAUUUACAAGAGACCAAGAUCCUUCCAUCACUCAUGUUGAGCUAUUAUCAUCUUCCGCCGCUUCUAAAGAGAUGUUUCACAUACCUUGCUUUGUUUCCCAAAGACUACGUUUUUGACAAGAUUGAAUUGGUCAUAUUGUGGAUGGCAGAAGGUAUUGUUCAACCAAAACCAAAUGGAAAGAAACGGGUAGAAGAUAUAGGGGCUGGGUAUUUUGAUGAACUAUUUAUGAGGUCCUUCUUUGACUUAUCUGAUCGUCGUCCUUCUAACCAUUUGGCAUCCCCUUAUGCUAGGUCAAACAGAUCUUAUACAAGUGAAGAGUUGCUAUAUGAAUCACCAAAUAAAUUACAAGUUAGGUCAUUUUUUGAGUCAUCUAGUAACAUGGGAUCAGGAUAUGUGAUGCAUGAUUUGAUCCAUGACUUGGCAGAAUUUGUUUCAGGUGGAAUAUAUUGUAGGAGAGAGUAUGAUAAAGCAUCCAAAAGUCUUACAACAACCACCCGUCACUUGUCAUACCUCACGAACAAUUUUAAUUUUGAGGCAACAGAAUUUGAGGCCAUGAAAAGUUUACGCACCCUUUUAGAUCUGGAAUACUAUGAGAAAUUUGGUAGUUCCAUGCAAUUCCAAUUCCAAUUCCAAUUCCUGCGUGUGCUACGUUUCAGAAUGUAUCACAAUUAUGAGUUGCCUGAUUCAAUUGGAAAUUUGAAACACCUAAGGCUUCUUGAUCUCUCAUUUUCUUAUAAUAUUGUGAGGCUACCUGACUCAAUUACAAGUCUUUACAAUCUACAAACGUUGAUCCUAACUGGCUGUGAGAAACUUAUAGAGUUUCCGGAGGAUAUGGGUAACCUCGUAAACCUUCGACAUCUUUUUCUCCCUGUAUGGUCGAUAGAGGAUAAUUCAUAUAAGAUGCCAGUAGGUGUGGGUUACUUAACUAGUCUGCAGACAUUGAGCACAUUUUUUGUGGGGUCCAAAAAUGUUAGCGAGUUGAGGGAAUUGUCUCAACAACUCCGUGGGUGUCUGGACAUUUCAAAUUUGGAAAAUGUAGGCAAUAAUGGGUCAAAAGCCAUGGUGGCGAAUUUAAAGAAUAAGCCGCACCUUCUUGGGCUACAAUUGCGCUGGAGUCAUUAUAAAAACAAUGACAGUUUUCCUGAUUUGGAGAGAGAUGAAAAAGUAGAGGAGGAUGUACUUGACCAAUUACAACCUCAUACCAAUCUUGAAGCACUAUGGGUUUUAAACUAUGGUGGUACGCGAUUCUCAAGCUGGAUAGAGCAUCCUUCCUUUUCUCAUUUAGAAACCGUGAGUCUCAUUUGUUGUCGCAAGUGCUGGUUCUUGCCUAAUCUUAGGCAACUGCCUUUUCUCAAACACCUAGUCAUCCAUGAUUGUAGUACUAUAAAAAUUGUGGGAUGUGAGUUAAAUAGGGAUGGUUCAUCAUCAACUUAUAAGAAAUUUCAAUCAUUGGAGACGCUAAGUUUUCGAGGAAUGGUAGAAUGGGAGGAGUGGCCUGAAGAAGAUGAAGAAGGUGGAGGACAAUUUCCUUGCCUCCGUGAGCUGAUUCUAAAAUAUUGUCCCAAGCUGAGGAUGUUCUCUCACUGGUUCCCUGUGUUGGUGGAGCUGAAAAUAGGAUAUUGCGACAACCUAACUGAACUACCACGGCUUCUUCCUUCAUUACGGUGGCUCGAUAUCAGGAGAUGCCCAAAAUUGGUGGUACUUCCGAAUCUUCCUUUCAUUGAGAGGUUGUAUUUGUCCAAAUGUGUCCAUUUAACAGCAUUGUCUGAAUCUGACAGCCCAUCAUCAUCAUCAUCAUCAGCAGCAGCAGCACUAGCACCAGCACCAUGUGUACAUAACUCAUUCCCUUGUCUCCGGGAACUAAAAAUUGAGCAUUGUCCCAAUUUGAGAGAACUGAAACACAUAUUUCCUUCUUUGGAGUUGCUCCAGACAAGAGAUUGCAAAGAACUUUGUUUUCUUCCCAAGCUUCCAUCUGUCAAGCAGUUGAGCGUUGAGAGAUCAAAAGUUGAAAUCAAAAGUUGUCCUUCUCUUGUGUCCUUUCCGGAAACAGGGUUUCCCGUUGUGGUUCGACAAUUGGAGAUUAGAUAUUGUGAGAAUCUGGGGUCAUUGCCCAAGGGACUGAAUACUCUCACGUCUCUCCAAGAACUUGAAAUCACAAGUUGCCCUGCUCUUGUGUCCUUCCCGGAAACAGGGUUACCCGCCGCACUUCGAAAAUUGAAGAUCCAAGAUUGCAAGAAUCUAGAGUCCUUGCCCAUGGGAUUACUUCACAACCUCACAUCCCUCCAAUCAUUAGCACUUUGUGGAUAUCCAAACCUAAGCUCCUUACCUGAUGGAUUGCACAAACUCAUGUCCCUCCAAAGAUUAGAAAUCAAAGAGUGCCCUGCGCUUGAAUUCUUUCCUGUUAUGGGGUUACCCAACAUGCUUCGAGAGCUAUUGAUUCUAAAAUGUGGGAAGCUCAAUUCUUUGCCCAAAGGGCUCCAACUCACAUCCCUCCAAAUAUUAAGGAUCGAACAGUGCCCUGUUCUUGAGUACUUUCUAGACAUGGGGUUACCCAUUGCGCUUCAGGAGCUAUGGAUUUUAAAAUGUGGAAAGCUGAAUUGUUUACCCAAGGGGCUGCAACUCACAUCCCUCCAAAUAUUAAUGAUCGAAGAGUGCCCUGCUCUUGAGUCCUUUCCAGACAUGGGAUUACCCACCGCACUUCGGAAGCUAUCGAUUCUAAAAUGUGGGAAGCUGAAAUUUUUGCCCAAGGGACUGCACAACCUCACAAAUCUUGAACAACUGGAGAUUGAGGAAUGCUCUUUUCUUAUGGAGUGCAAGAAUCUUGAAUUUCUCUAUAGCUCGGGCCUUCAUAAUCUCAGCACUCUCCCAUCUCUCAUCAUUGGUGGAUGCCCUGCUCUUGUGUCAAUUCCAAAGGGCAUGCUUCCCACCAAUCUUAGAUAUUUUUACAUCAAGGACUGCCCGAUUCUUGAAUCCAUAUACGAUGGACUCUUCAACUUAACCUCUCUUGAAUAUCUGGAUAUCCAGAACUGUCCAAUGCUAACACAACAGUGCCAAGAGAGGGAAGGGGAAGAGUGGUCCAAGAUUGCGCAAAUCCCUGUAGUAAUAAUAGAUGGCGAACGUCAGUAAAGCCUAACCACUUUUAAGUGAGGAGGAUGAUAAGAUGCGAAGAGCAUGAUGGAAUGCUAUAACAGACAUACAAGGCAGAUCAUUAUUAUUAUGAGAAUUUUCCAAGAUGGAUUGCUUCUUCUCUUUGAAAAUGCUCAUCAACCACGCGCAGUUGCUGCAGAGUCAAGUGCAGGUCAGAGUUUCAGUUUCUGUCAAUGAGACUAGCAGCGGUUAACCCAAGAAUCGACUUCAGCCUUGACAACUUCUACUGGCUUCAUAGUGAAGCAUUUCUAUUUAGUUAGUGGCAGAGUGGAUGCCUAAAGUACUGGUAGAUUCCUCAGCACACUAACAGUUGAGCCAAUGAUAUGUGUCUGAACUUCAAUUCAAUGGAGAAAGAUGGAAGCAGCAUCAAUAUCAGCAUCAGCAGCUGUGGGAGGUCGAUGUGCUGCAACCGCCAAACUGGGAGAGAGACAAUCACAACAAUUACGAUCCAUCACAGAACUCUAUUUUCAAUUACUACUAUUUGGCUGACUCAGGACAAGGCAGAGAAGAAGGUGGAGCAGAUCAAGUUAUCAGUAUACAUUCCAUUCCACUGAUUUUUCGAACAGUGAGAAGCAGCUGAUACCACUAGCCCAAGAAUGCCAGAAACCCUUGGGAAGUCAUCCUGCUGAACCGUUGCCACACCAGCUGAGGUCACCAAUUUAGAAGAUAUUAGUGUGAUUUAUACCACCAGGAAUCAGCAGAUGGUGCAGAAAAAGAAGGUUAUGAUGCUUUGGAUCAUAUGGAAAUGACAAUCCACUCUGGAAUCAGAUACAGGGGAUGAACCCAUGUCUCUGUCUGAUUUAUCAUCCAGCUUCCAGUCUAUAAAUCAUACUAAGAACAAUGGCCUUGUUCACAGUUGAUGCCAUUUGAUUAUGCCAGUGGCAAGGAAACAGGAAAAAAUGGGAGAGGAUAAGGCGGCAGGGGGACAAAGGGAGAGCCAUGAAGGCCUGAGAGGCCUGGUUGGCUUGAAGGGAAGACACAAAAGUUCAGCUGUCAAUACGGGCCCAAUAGAUGAGGGAGCUAAAGAUAUUCAGCAACCUAGACGAUGCCAAGCUUUCCCAGUCACGGUGAAUCAAAGUGCACUUUUCGUUGAGCUUGGAGGUGGUGUAUUCUUUUUUCUUGUUCUUUUCUCUUGAUUGAACUUGGAAAAAAAAGGCAUUUGAGCAAUUGAGAUUCCUAGUUAUUAAGUGCUUGAAAGAAAUUUCACAAGACUAACAUAAUCUAUUGCACUAUUUCAGGGCUCCUCAACCAUUAGCUCACUUGUCUAAGUGGGUCCUUGGCCGAUGCAUCAUAUUUCCUCUCUGAUCUUUGAUUUUACAUUUUGAACUGAUUUGGACCCUAACUAACCAUUGUUAUUAGUCUGUACUAAUCUGCAGGAAUGUUAGUUGGAAGUUGAGAAGAUUAAGAUUAGAGAUGUAGGAGAAAGAGAGAAGAGAGUGCAGGUAUGUUAGUUGGAAGUUGAGAAGAUUAAGAUUAGAGAUGUAGGAGAAAGAGGAGAAGAGAAGAUGUGAGAGAGAGAGAGAGAGAGAGAGAGAGAGAGAGAGAGAUGAGGGAAAAUCGUGAGAGAGCUCUUGGCUCAUCUCACCUAUAUUAGUUUCAACUAAUACUUUAGGGAAUUACAAAUUCCUCCUUAAGGGAGGUGAAAAAGAAAUAGAAGGAAAUACAAAUUAGGACAAAAUAAUAUAAAGACAGUUCUUAAAGUACCCUUAUUACAUAUAUUCCAACACUCCCCCUCAAACUGGAGAAUAAAUGUCAUACAUUCCCAAAUUGCAUAAGAGGGAACUAAACUGGUGAGGAAUGAGUCCCUUGGUGAAGAUGCCUGCCAAUUGAUCACCUGUCUUCACAAAGGGCUUGCAAAUGUUGGCAGUGUCAAUUUUUUCUUUGAUGAAGUGACGGUCCACUUCAACGUGCUUGGUUCUAUCAUGUUGCACUGGAUUAUGAGCAAUGCUUAUGGUUGCUUUAUUAUCACAGUAGAGACGCAUAGGUCCAUCAGUAUCAUAUCCCAACUUAAGAACUAGUCGUCUCAACCAAAUGAGUUCAAAAACUCUAUGAUCCAUUGCCAUAUACUUUUCCUCUGCACUAGAUCUAGUAACAAUAUGCUGUUUUUUGUCCGCCAUGUAACCAAAUUACCACCCACAAAUGUGCAAUAACCAGAGGUAGAUCAUCUGUCAAAGAUGGAUCCAACCUAAUCAACAUCAGAAUAACUUUAUAUCCUCAAGUGAUUGUUCUGGGCAUAUAAGAGUUUUUUUCCUGGAGAGGACUUCAAGUAUCUGAGGAUGCUGUAAACAACAUCCAAGUGCCCACUCUUGGGAGCAUGCAUAAGCUGGAUCACUACUUCCACUGCAUAAGUGAUAUAUGGGCGAGUCGGAGUCAGAUAUAUCAGAUUCCCACUAGCCUCUAGUAUUUGCCUGCACCAACAAGAGAAGAACCACAGUCUUCUCCUAACUUGUGAUUCUGCUCAAUAGGAGAACUUACCGGUUUACACCCCAACAUCAUUUUUUCUUUCAGCAGGUCUAACACAAAUUUCUCUAACACAAAUUUCCUUUGGCAAAUAUUGAUUCCCGUUUUAGACCUUAACACUUCAAUCCUCAAGAAGUACUUCAAGUGUUCCAGGUCUUUGAUCUCAAAUUGUUUGGUCAUUAAGCUUUCAGCCUGGCUAUCUCAUCAUUGUCAUCUUCAGUCACCACAAUAUCAUCAACAUAGACAAUCAACACUGUGAUGGUACCAAUACUUCUCCGGGUAAAUAAUGUGUGAUCUGCUUGAUUCUGGGAAUACCCAUUCUUUAAGAUGGCCUGCCUGAACCUCUCAAACCAAGCUUUUGGUGUGCUUGAGACCAUAUAGAGCCUUCUUUAGGAGAUACACCUUAUCAUCAGUUGCUAGGAAUUUGAAGCCAAGAGGGCGCUACAUAUACACUUCCUCCUCUAAGUCACCAUGGAGGAAGACAUUCUUCACCUUUAACUGAUAUAAGGGCCAAUUUCUGUUUACCGCUACAGAUAAAAGAACUCUUAUAGAGUUGUGUUUUGCCACAGGAGCAAAGGUCUCCUGAUAAUCAAUUCUAUAGACCUGAUUGUACCCUUUGGCCAAUAAUCUUGCCUUAUACCUCUCAAUAGCACUAUCCGAUCGAUACUUGAUUGUAUAGACCCACUUACAUCCAACUGGAACUCUUCCCUUGGGAAGAUCAACCAAUUUCCAAGUGCCUCUCUUCUCAAGGACCAUCAUUUCCUCAGAUAUGGCUUACUUCUAUUUUGGGUCUGUCAUAACCUCAAUAACAGUUUUAUGGAUGGAAGUAGAAGAAAGAGCAGUAAUAAAUGCAACACCUGUAGAAGAAAGAGCAUCAUAGGAAAGAAAUUAGGCUAUAAGAUUAGUAUAAGCACUCUUACCCUUUCGAACAACAAUAAGGUCUAACUUAAAAGGAGAAGAAAUGUUACCUGAUUGAGGAGGGUGAAACUAAUGAUGUGGAUCCAAAGAGGAUUCUUGGCAGGUCUUCUUUAUCCUUUUUGUUGCACAAUAUCAAGUUCCUUCUCUGUACAAAUCCCACCAGUGUCAACAAUAUCCAGUGUCAACAUCAUCCACCUCUUUAUGUUUCACAAUAUCAAAGGAUAAAGGAGUAAGAGGCAAAGGAAUAAGAAAUGGAAUAGCAUCAACAGCCUUUUCACUUUCACUUCCGUUAUCCCCCUGAAGUGGAUGCUGAUGAGAAGCAAAGAAAGGCACAGACUCAGGAAGGUGACACCUUUGGAUAGAAUUCGCGUACGAGAGGAAGGGUGAUAACACUUGUCACAUUUAGUAGUAGAAGAAUACCCAAGGAAGAGGCACUUGAGAGCCUUGGGAUCAAGUUUGGUGUGGAAGGAUUUGUUAACAUGCAUAUAACAAAUACAACCAAACACUUGAGGAGGAAGAGAAAAAGCAGAAGACUAAGGAGACAAGAGUGCAAAGGGAUUUUGGGACCCAAGGAUUUUGGUAGGCACACGAUUGGUGAGAAAUGUAGCAGUAAGGACAGCUUCAGAGAAAAAUAUAGGAACAUGCAUACCAAAUAAAAGGCUUCUACCAACUUCUAACAAAUGACGAUUUUUCCUCCUAGCUAUCCUAUUCUGUUGGGGUGUGUUAACAUAUGCAAGCUGAUGGAUAAUACCAUUGUCAGUGAAGAAAUUCUGUAACCACCAUACAUGUACUCCCCCCCUUUAUCAGACCGGACAAUUUUGAUCCUGGUUUCAAACUGGGUGUAGACCAUUUUAGAAAAGUUUUUAAAGGCAUCAUAAACCUCACUCUUUUGUUUUAUAAGAAUGGUCCAAGUGCAACGAGAGAAAUCAUCAACAAAUGAAACAAAGUAACGGUGGCCAAAUAAAGAGGUAGUAGGGCAAGGUCCUCAGACAUUAGUAUGCACAAUGUGAAAGAGAACAAGUGAUCUACUACUAUGAUAGGGAUAAGAUGAACAACAAUGUUUAGCAAAAGUACAUGGUUUACAAUGAAACACAUGAGGAGAAGAAAAAGACGUAAACAAAUGAGGUAACUGCUUCCUCAUAACAACAAAAGAAGGAUGUCCCAAACGUUGAUGCCAAAGUAUCACAGAAUCCAUAGGACUAUUAUCACUACGACCACAUGCAUAGGACUGAGGUGUAGUAAAAAAUGAUAAUUGUGGCUCAAGGCUGUAGAGUUCGCUGUCCUCACGUCCGCUGCCAAUAAUCCACUUUGUCACCAAAUCCUGAAAAAGACAGUGGGAAGGAAAAAUGUGAUACAACAAUUCAAAGAUUUAGUCAUAGUACUCACAGACAAAAGGCUCAAAGGUAAGGUUAGGGACAUGAAGAACUGAUUUAAGUGAAAUAGAAGAAGUAACGGGAAUACUACCUUCAUCGGAAACAAAAGAGAUCAGCCACCCGAAUCUUAUCCUUACCAGACAAAUGGAGUAAGAAUCAUAAUAGUGGGAUGUACCAGUCAUGUGGUCAGUGGCCCCAGAGUCAAUAACCCGUAAUGGAGUUGUGGAAGUUGCAGAUGUGGUGACAUGCAUAGUAGAAGCUGAGGCAUCCUGUGAGGUAGAUGGGCCAUCAAGUUGAGACAUGAACCGGUGGAGCACUGCAUUAUCAUCCAUAGAGAAGGAGCUGGUAUUUACCUGUGAGGGUCCUCGUGGAUCAAUCUCUAUCAUAUUAGCAAGGGCUGUAGCCCCACCUCGGCGACCACUACAUUACUAGUAGAUCCACCACAUGUACUAAGUCGGCCAUGAAGCACCCAACACCUCUCUCGAGUGUGCCUGGGUUUCCCACAAUGAUCGCACUGUUUGGGUCUAUCCUUGUCAUCCCCACGGGAUGAUCCUUGGCCUCAGCCACCUCGAAGCCAUUUUCUGUGAGUGGUGGAAGAAAGAGCAGAUAGCUCAAGUGGAGCAGACUCCAUAACACCUCUUCUUCUCCUCAAUAAGUAGCUACACACCUCAUCAAGGGAUGGAAGAGGUGACGGUCCCAAAAUCUGUAUCCGGAUUUGCUCAUAAUCUGAGUUCAACCCUCCUAGUAAGAUUAGAACUCACUCCUUUUCAAGGGAUCUGUAGACCUUGGUUUCAUCUUUCGGGAUUAGACAACUGAAGGUCUUAAUAAUGAUGAUACUCCUCCCAGUCCUAUAAUAGUAUUGUAAUAUUCAAAGAUAGUCUUGUAUCCCUGCUUCAUAGAGAGCUUGGUGAAGGAGUUGGUAGACUUUAACAGUCACCCACCCUGUCAUAGCUCUUAGAGACACUAUCCCAAAUAUCCUUAGCAGUUUCCUUCUGGAUAAUUCUUCUGCUGAUCUUAGGUUUCAUGGAAAAGAGGAGCCAAGUCAUAAUAGUGGAAUUUGCAGUUUCCCAUUUAUGAUAUUUUGGAUUAGUGACAGCAGGAGCCUUGAUAGUCCCAUUAAUAUAUCUGAGUUUCCCUUGACUUAAGGAUAACUUCAUAGAGUCUGACAAGUCCAAAUAGUUGGUGCUGACAACUUGACAAGGGAAAUUUGAGUGUUGGGGUUGGCAAAGACAAUUUGGUUGGUAUUGGUACUACUCGGCCCACCUGAUGUAGUUUCCAAAGGUUCAAUGAGAUCAGACAUGAUGGGUGGAUAUUCUUAAACAAUCACAGUUGGAGAUCUAAAGCAAGGGGCAACACAAUACCCAAAUAUUGUCUUCUCAGAACCAAGAAAAAAAAUUCCAGCAAGCUAAAAAACCAUGAAACUUAGGAUAAAACCCAUCAAAUCCACUAUUAAUUGUAGAACUCCAUUCCAAUCUCACACAUAUGCAUCAUAAGAUAUGAUACAUGCAACCGAAGAGCACAAUACUAGUCAUUUCAGGCCAUAUAUGCGAAAUAAAAGGUUGCCGUCGUUACCUGGCAGGAAGCAAAGAUUUGAGGUGUGUCCCAUCAACACCACAAAUCUCAAACCACUACUUAGGAUGGCCAAACAAGGGACCUUGGGUGACACUUACAGGCCUAGCCCCAUCCCCAACAUUCGCUUGAGGAGAGAUAGACAGAGAGAAACUCGAAGUUGGAGCUGGUGGUAAUGGAGUACAGGGCAUGAAAGCUUGCUUUGAGCUCCAAUAAGGCCUUGUAAUGGUUCAAUCUCCCUCCAAGCAUCUUGAAAGCUCCAUUAAGUCACCUUGUUGAAUUUCUUUACAUAAUAUAGCCUCUAUUGGAACCCUAGAAAAUAAAGGUGGUCCAAAAGAGACUCAAAGAAUGAAAGGAAGAAGCCUUAGUCGACUCUCAAACUCCUUGUAGCUCUGAUACCAAGUUGGAAAUUGAGAAGAUUAAGAUUAGAAAUGUAGGAGAAAGAGAGAAGAGAGGAAGAGAGAAGAGGAGAAGAUGAGAGGAGAAAGAGAGAGAGGAGGGAAAAUCGUGAGAAAGCUCUUGGCUCAUGUCACCAAUAUUAGUUUCAACUAAUACUUUAGGUUUACAUAUUCCUUCUUGAGGGAGGUGAAAGAGAAAUAAAAAAAAAUACAAAUUAGGACAACUUUUUGGGUGUGAUGCAUUUCUUCUCUUGAUAACCUCUGUGGUUGCUUUCUUGUUAACGAACAACCUACAUUGGGUGCUGCAAAAGCCAAGAAGAUAUGUUCUUUCUCUGGUCGGCCCAACUUUUUUCUUGAAAGCUCAAAACAGAAUAUGAUUCAGUUGUGGAAUACUGUGAGGGAACUCAAUGUGUUUUUUCUCACCUUAUUCAUUUUCUUGUGGCAAGCGACACCACAGUUAGAUUCCACAAUGUUUUUCUUUACAUAUGUUCCAUUACAAUCAUCUAAGGUCAUUUUUGCUUUAUUUGUAGGAUGAUGUGCUUCACAUCUUCACAGAUGCUUAAAACUUAUUUCAAUUAUAACAUAGAAUUUCCUUUUAGUCUCUAAAUCCAGUUUGGCUCCUUUUUGGGUUUCAGGACAAACAAAUUUUGGUUUUGAUCCUGAAUUUAUAGGUCCUGUCAAACUUGUUAUUUCAAUUGUAUCUCUAUUAGGAGUUGGGCUGUAUAAUGGGUUUUUGAAGAAUGUUCCUCUGCAGAAGAGUGACAAUUAUAGGUGGAGCUCCUAGGUAACACAGAUAUUCCUUGUAACUGGACUAAAUCAGCAGUUUAUUGUAAGUUCUGGGUGAUUCUUUAUUGGAGAUUCUUUGAUAGUAACUGUACUUGGUCAGGAUAAAGUACAAAUGUUGUGACCUGGUGGUCAAGCGAUCGAAACAGCCUCUCGACAUUCUUGGGGUAAGGCUGUGUGGUUCUCACACAUGCGGGAGCCUUGUGCACUGGGGAGUCAGAAUGCUAAUUGAAUUCAUGACCUGUAUAAAAUCUUCAUCAGUUGUUUACCAUGGGCAUGUAAGAAUCGUAUACUUGUUCACUUGAAAAAUAAAGUGAUUGGUGGUAGUACUGUUCACAUUCUCAAUUAAAUGGACCGUGGACACCUUGAUAUUCCUGAAGCAGGCACUGCAAAUUUACUUCCAUCAAAUGUAGUUACAGUAGCAGAAAGAGUGACAAAAAAGGUUAAGUCACAGUUAAGCAUGAAAGUGUUGUGACUAAUGGGCACUUCAGAAAGAACUGGCGGAAUUAUGUCAAGACAUGGUUUAACCAGUCUGCUUGCAAGACCAAUAGAAGUCUUCGUACGUACCUCCAUCAGCAGCAUUGAAAAGUUGGCAUGCGUAUUUCCCACUGUUUGCUGACUACAUCAAAAAUAGCAGGAACAUCCCCUACAACCCCACAUCCCAAAAAAAAAAAAAAAAAAGAAAAAAAGAAAAAAGAACAAUUGAUUCUGAAGAGGAUGCUGAAUUCUAGGAAUGGGCCUAGGUGCUGUUAAUGAGAAGCACCAAAGUGACACUGAUAGGGGUGAUGAACGGGAGAGAGACAGAGGGAGGAACAGAGAUUGAGGAAAAUAAAUGCUAUCAAAGUUAAGAUAAUGGUGGCCUUGAGAAUGUGAAAACAGAUAUGCAAGAUGUAUCAUUAUAUGACUGUCCGAUAACACAGUGAAGCAUCCUAAGAUGUUUGAAAAUUUUGGUAUGUCUCCAUCUAGAGGAGUCCUCUUCUAUGGACCUCGAAGAUGUGGUAAAUCCUUUCCUGCAAAGGCAAUUGCUAAUGAGUGCCAACUCAAACAGCUUUCAUUAGUAUGCAAGAACCAGAGUUGCUCACCAUGUGGAUAGAAGAAAGUGAGGUCAAUGUGCAAGAGCUCCUUUGACAAGCACUCCAGUCAGCUGCAUGAUUACUUUUCUUUGAUGAACUCAAUUAUAUUUCCAUUUAGGUACUACUUCCUAUAACUCCCUUGGCUAUUUUGGGACAAUUAAUUGUUAAUGUUCUGUGACAGCAUGAUGUGGCUCAGCAAAACCAUCUCAGAGGACUCUGAUUAUAGUUUAUGUUGUUAUUUGUGCUUUCUUUUUUGUUUGUCUCAUAUCCAAAGGAAACUCGGAUAAAUAUUCGAUAAAUGAAUAUUGUUGUCACUUAUGCUUCACAAAUUACUGUUUUAUGCCAUAUAAUAUGUUCAAAUAUCAAUAUUUUUC